AUGGAUCCUGAGGGUAUACACGUUCGUGUUGAAGAGAUGGAAGAGACGAAUUUUCCUGGUAGCAUGGUGUGGGUUAGCAAGGAUCCGAAAGAUGCGCUGCGGAUUGUGGGGUUGGAUUGGAGGAUCUUGAAUGGGGGAUUCAAGACUAAGGAGGAGAUCUACAAGUACUUGGCUAGCUCCUGGCUCUUCCACCCAGGUCACUUCGCCGCACGACUGACCGAGGAAAAGUACCACGAUCGCCUCGAAGACCGCGCACCGUACUGGACACACUUCAUCAAAGAAUGGGUUCCGCGGCAUUACCCUGGCUACCGCCACAUCCAGCACAUUACAGACCCAGAAGAGGAUGACAGCAAAGCCAUCGAGCACGUCGAUCAAGACCUCUCAGUAUGGCAAACCCGCACCAGAGCAGCUGUCCGCAACAAAGUCUUCACCAUGUUCCCGCACAUCGCAACCGAAUACUACACCAAGCGCGCCGCAUGGGUCAAAGAGCGCGAAGAGCAGAGAUUGCGCGAGCUUAUCACCCAAGCCAUUCCAACUGGUAAGAAUGGAUGGAGUAGCGAGGUACCCGUUCCAAUCAUCAUCAUCAAGCAUGCACAGCCGCAGACACCCGAUCUCGAACCCACAGCUACAGGCGAGCUAACACCGCCGUUGACACCACCACUCACACCGAGCUUAUCCAUCGACCACUCGCCGACUUCUCCAACCAGCCCAGUCCCAUCUCCCCUCUCCCCAUCUCUAUCAACCACCACCUCCCCAAACCCAGCCCUCCACGUCGACGCCCUCCCUUACACACCACCCCUCCCAUUCUCCGCCUCCCCACCUCCACCCAACAUGUCCGCCACAGCCAAACUGCUCUGUCUCUUCCGCUGGACACUCUUCUGCCCCUCCACCGGCACUCCCUUCCUCGCCACCGUGCCGCGCGACAAGGACUUCACGAUGGCAUGGACAGAUGCGCAGUAUGCUGGUGCAACGGAUGGGGUGCUUGUAAGGUGGGCGGAGGAGGUGUGGUGGAGGGUUUGGGUUAGGCAGUGCGUUGUGAAUUAUAGGGGGAUGUGGAAGAGGAGGUGGGAGAAGAAGGAGAAGGCGGAGAAGGCGGAGAGGAAGGGGGUUGUGGAGGAGAAGGGAGAGGUUGAGGGGAAGGAGAAGGAGAAGGGAGGGGCGAGUGUGGUGGGAGAGAGGGUAGAGAAGGUUAGGGGGAGGUUGGCGAGGUUGAAUGAGGGGUUAGUGGGGUUGGUUUAG